AAGUAUAAUUAAAUAUUAAGAUGAGACUAAUAAAGUGCGUAGUGGCAACUGUUAACCCUCCCAUACUCAAACACUUUUGAGACUAAUUACUAUAAAUUGAGAUGCCAUUCAUAUUUAUUUCUACUCAUUUCAAAACAAACAUCAUGGCAUCAUCUUCUAUGUUGUUCUUCUUACUCUCCACCAUCUUCCUCUUCAUUUCACCUUCAUUCUCCUCUCCAGCUCAAACUACAACUUGCCCCUCAGGCGACUCUUUCACGGCCGAGAGCCUCAUCAGAGGCCUUAACCUAUUCCCUAAAGGCUCCAUUAACAGAAUAGAGAGUAACACUCAUCUUGUCCCUGGAAAGAUUGUGAAGAAGAAGCUCACAUUCCCUUACAAUCUUGCUUCUUCUUCUUCUUCUUCAGGUACAUCUGUUCAAGAUCUUGGUCAUCAUGCAGGGUACUAUCGCCUUCCUCGUUCCAAAGCGGCAAGGAUGUUCUACUUUUUCUUUGAAUCUCGCAAUAAGAAGGAAGACCCUGUUGUCAUAUGGUUGACCGGAGGACCAGGGUGCAGCAGUGAGCUUGCUUUAUUUUAUGAGAAUGGUCCUUUCCAAAUCACAAAGAACUUGUCUCUUGUUUGGAAUGAAUUUGGCUGGGACAAGGCAUCAAAUAUUCUUUUUGUAGACCAGCCUAUUGGGACAGGCUUUAGUUAUACUUCUGAUGAUGAUGACAUCCGCCAUGAUGAAGCAGGUGUUAGCAAUGAUCUCUAUGAUUUCUUGCAGGCAUUUUUCAAGGAGCACCCUCAAUUUGUCAAGAAUGAUUUCUACAUCACUGGAGAGUCAUAUGCUGGACACUACAUUCCAGCUCUUGCAUCAAGGGUUCACCAAGGCAACAAAGCAAAGGAAGGAAUAAUAAUCAAUCUCAAGGGUUUUGCUAUUGGUAAUGGUUUGACCAAUCCGGAAAUUCAGUACCAAGCAUACACAGACUAUGCAUUAGACAGAGGACUGAUUAAAAAGUCUGAUUAUGAUAGUAUCAGCAAGUUGAUCCCAUCAUGCAAAGAUGCCAUAAAAAGCUGUGGUACCGAUGGUGGAGAUGCAUGUAUGACUUCAUUAUAUAAAUGCAAUGCCAUAUUCAGUCGGAUAAUGUCCAUCGCCGGCGACAUUAAUUACUAUGACAUUAGAAAGAAAUGCGAGGGAAAUCUGUGUUAUGACUUCUCCAAUGUAGAGACAUUCUUAAACGAGAAGACAGUUAGGGAUGCUUUAGGUGUUGGGGACUUGGACUUUGUUUCGUGCAGUAGCACAGUCUAUGAUGCUAUGAUGGAGGACUGGAUGAGAAAUCUCGAAGUUGGAAUCCCAGCUCUUCUUGAGGAUGGAAUCCAGGUUCUUGUAUAUGCUGGAGAAGAAGAUCUCAUAUGCAAUUGGCUUGGGAAUUCAAGGUGGGUUCAUGCAAUGGAGUGGUCAGGUCAAAAGGAGUUUGAAGUAGCUUCUACUGUCCCAUUUUUGGUAGAUGGCGCGGCAGCAGGGACUCUUAAAAGCCAUGGACCUCUUGCGUUCCUCAAGGUGAACGAAGCUGGGCACAUGGUUCCCAUGGAUCAACCAAAAGCUGCACUUCAGAUGCUAACAAACUGGAUGCAAGGGAAACUAACACCGAAAAAGGGUGGAGCCAAUGUCUCUCCUAAAUGAUGGACUCAAAGCAAAAAUAACAAGGCAUAGCUUGUGAUCAUAUUAACUUGUGGGCAUGGCUCCAUGCAUAAUAUUUGGGAUUGUCUAGCUUCUACUACUAUCCCUGAAAUUGUGCACAAAUCUGUAUUUUAUUUUAUUCAUUUAGAAAUAAAUCUUUGAAUAAAUAUGUUAGUUCAGCA